AAAACGAAAAUAUCUCAUGUUAACAUUUCUUUCUUGGGGUGUGCAUACCUGACUUGUACGAUUCCAUUGAAGGCAUACUGUACUACAUGGACAUAAGAAAUCUGGCAAAGUAAGGAAGGAGUGAAGGGGCACAUCAAAAUGAGCUACAUUCAAGAACAGCAGGAUGCACUGCUCACAAGCAAGGUUGAAAGUGGGGAAGUUCGCUCAGACCCUGACAGUGACGAUAGCAUGGGUCGAGACAACAACAUUGUAAGCGGUCAAGCUGGAAGAUCAUCCCCAACAUUCAGUUUGGUCUCAAUGAAGAGUGAUCAGUCAAUGAAUAUGCCUCUUUCAUUCACAACGGAAUCCGAUCCAAGUUCAAGUCAAUAUGGGACUGGACCUGGUGGUCUGCCAUGUGCUGACUGUCAAAAAGAGGCUAAACCAACUUGUUUGACCUACUGUGGGAUCCAUGCCAAGAAGCAUAAAACAUGUUCAGAACUGCAGAGCUACAAAACCUCAACUAAGAAGAAACAUCAACAGACCCUCGUUGAAAGAUUGACGAAGGAAUGUUGUCAGAUUAAAUCAGGAUCACCAGAUCUAUACCAACUUAAAACAAAGAAGGAAUAUGUGAGUGGGGAUGAAACGGUCAGAAGAUGGACCUUUGGACAGAGAGACGACAGUAAAAAGAACAGAACCAUCAUGCUAGUGGGGCAAACGGGAACAGGCAAAACCACCCUCAUCAACAGCAUGAUUAAUUACAUUGUGGGGGUGAAGAAGGAAGACAAUAUCUGGUUUCAGAUCUCAGAAGAGACAGAAUAUGACCAAACUAAGUCUAAAACAACAUGUCUCACGGUUUAUGAGGUCUUCAUUAAGGAAAGGCCAAUAUCCUUCUCAAUCUUAGACAUGCCUGGAUUUGGAGACACAGAAGAAGGGUUGGUGAGUGAUGAGAUGAUUGCUAAGAGGCUGUACACUUUAUUCUCAUCUCAUGAGGGAAUUUACUCUAUCGAUGCAAUUGGCAUAGUAGUGAAAGAUUCUCUGGCCUGCCUUGAUGACAAACAACUGUAUAUGUUUGAUGCAAUUCAGUCCUUAUUUGGAAAAAAUGUUGGGGGAAAUAUGGUGGUGUUUAUAACACAUGCAGAAGAAAUAUUUCAUUACAAUGUUUUUGCAGCCAUUGACAAAUGCAACAUUUCUGUGGCUAAAAAUGACAGGAAUCAGCCCAUUCAUUUUCUUUUUGACAACUUUCAGUCUGAUAGAAGUCAGGUGAAGAAUGACAGUGUAUACGAUGCAAAAUGGGACCUGGGCCAGAGAAGCACCGACGAAUUCAUGAGCUGGUUGAAUAGUACGACGACACAAAAUUUGAGGAUCACUGAAAAGGUUUUGAGAGAUCGUCUGACCCUUGACAAUUUAGUCAAGAGCAUAAACAAAAGCAACGCUCAGAUUGAAUCCAAAAGGCAGGAGCUGAAGAAAAUUGAAAAUGUCAUGAAAACAAUGGAGGCCGAGAAAGACAUUACAAUAAAGGUUGAGAAGAAAUUCAAACGAAAGAUCGAAAUCUUUCAAACUUCCAUUUUUGGAAAUGAGGCAAUGUGUUGUCAGAAAUGUGAAGAGAACUGCCACCUAGGAUGCUGGUGGAUUACUGAUCUGAAGAGCUGUAAAGCCAUGAGUGGUGGUAAAUGCACCGUGUGCACAGGUAGAUGUUCCUCUGACAAGCAUGUCAAAAGCAAAGAAAUGUAUAUAUCAGAGACAAAAACAGUCACAGAAAUCGAGGGUGGAAAGAAGGCGAGAUACGAAAUAGAAUAUAGCAAGGUUGAGAGUAAGAAAACAGAAGUGGAGGCUGAACUCCACAAUGAAGAGAAAAUGAAGUCAAAAUUACUGGAUGAAACUUAUGAUCAUAUCUCAAAGCUAGAGGACUUUGCAUUGAAACAAUUGUCUGUAUUCACCCUGGUACAUCUGGACUUCCUGAUUGAGCAAAUGAAGAAGAUGGAAACAGACAAUACCGAGAAGGUGAAGAUAUUGGAGGAUAAGAUGAAAUCACAGGUGGAUGUAAGUUCACGGAAAGCACUGAGAUACUAUAGAUGUAACAAAUCUCAAUCAUGAGUCACCAGACUAUUCACUUCAUGAACAAGUCUGGAUUUUUCCGUGCAUUCCCUCCAUAUUGUAUCAGAGGUAUGUUAGCAGGCACGUGCAGAGAAGGGGGGCUACUGUACAGGGGCUCUAGCACCUGCCCUUUUUCCCCUUUGAUGUCCAAGUGCCCUUUUGACAGAACCUGUUUUUUACUUUUUAAAAUGUGUACUUCCGCUAGUUCCAACGUGAAUAUUCACUAAAAUGUCUCAUUAAUAGUUUCUGAAAUGAGAAAUAUACAAAAAUAAAAAAAAUUCUGUGUUAACCCUAUGAGCCCGACCGACACAAAGUGUGUCAAAAAACACACCCAUUCUUCUCUGUUACAUUGCUCUGCGAUUAUUAGUCACAGCAAGAUUAAACCUAUAUUGCACGAAAGCGCAGGCUUUCCAAUGAGCCUAGACACUAGUCUGUACGAAGUAUGAAAAUUAAAGAAUUCAUGAAGCUAAAUCAAAGUAUAUCGUUUACAGUCUAUAUUGCGCUGCGUUCACCCGGGCAUCCUAUAGCCUACUCUCGCUUGAAUUACUGGCGAACCUGGCAUCGCACAGACAUGACACGCACAUCAAAUGAGAGAGGAGGAACAGGGCUUUCCAUUGAUACCAAAUGCAUUGAUCUUUCUGUGUUAUAAAAGCAGACGAAGUGACAAACAAAUAAUAAUGUCUUAUAGCUUAGGCUACCAUUACUCUCGUUUGAUUUAGCCUACUCGUGAAUCCGUGGUCAGAAAAAUAUGGCACGCAUGUCAGAUGAAAGAGGAGACACAGAGCUAUCCACAGAUACCACAUACAACAUUCUAGGUAAUAAAACAGAUGAAGUGACAGCAAAAUAAUACCUUAAUUUAGCACCACCUACCCCGUGUUUUUGUGGGGGGGGGGGGUUAUGCCAUAGCCUAUGGUCAUAAUCCAAGUUAUCAUGUGUUUCUCUAUGGCAAGGCACAUUCAUAAUUCGGUUUUGAGAUCCUAGCAAACUCCUGUAUGGUAUCCAAUUCAAGACUCAUAUUGCAUCCAAAUUUGUUUGACAAAUAAACACUUUUUGCCUUUACUUUGUUCAUUGCAAUGUAGCAAAAAGUUAUUAUAGAGAAUCAUCAUGUGUGCACGUCAUGUGUGCUACAACGCAAACAAGUCAGGUCAGAUCAGCUCGUGUCACAAAUAUGGAGCACAGAAAGUGUCAAAACACAAUUUUUCAUCACUAAAUGAAAAAUGCCAUUUAUUUCUGUAAGACACACACCACCUAUUUCUGUAAAUUGCUCAGCUCCAAAGUCCGACUACAUGCAUUCUUAAAUUGCCAUUUUCAUGGCAGUCAGGCCUACACAAACAUGAAAGUCACGUCCAGCUGUCAGCUUGCUGUGAUGAGAUAAAGUCAAAAUGUAAGAAAUUGUAUAGUAUGCUUUUUGAAUUUUUAUUAUCUAUAAAUCAAAUCAACGCAAGUAUUAAUAGGCCUACAUGAUCGUGGCAGCUGAUUAAAGCUUUAUAGGCUAGGGAAUGUAAAACUUAACUUCCAGUUCUUGCACCAUUCAAAUUGUGUGUAUCUUUUCUAGCUUUUGUAUGCAUUAUGUUCUAUAAAACAUUAUAUUAUAUUCUGCAGUGCAAAGAUGCCCACUAAAGACAGGAAAAGAACGCAGUUUUCUGAAAAUUUUGUUCCAUGUGCCCUUUUUAAAAUUUGAGCCCCUGCCCCUUCAAAGGUCUCUGCACGCCCCUGAUAUUUAGAUCAAUUAUUAUAGCACUUCACAAUUAUAAGGGAACCCUGAGAGCAAAUCUGAGCUGCUAUUAAUUUACUGUCACAAGUCUGGGCAUGCAUUUCAUUACUCUUUAAAGGAACACUCCACUGUGUUUCAAAAAGUAGCGCCGAGCACCAGAGCCAUUGAGUGCACUCUUUGAAACGUGAGAGGUAUGCAUCAACUCGUCUUAAUAAAGGGAAUAACGUAGUUUAAUAUGAAAAAAAUAGUGGAGUGUUUCUUUAAGGUGCUACAGUAUGUGUAGUUCUGUUGGAUUUUAGUUGCCUGAACAUGUUGGUUGGCUUGAAAUGUGCACUUUUUGGUUGUUGCUGUUUUUUUCCUGAACUUUUGAUUGUAAGUUUUCUGCACUGACAUUGUACUAUACAUCCCCAUCAAUUAUCUGUACUUUUACUUUUUUCUUGUUUGUGUUUCUUUUUUACAUUUAGUGUUUUACCUUUAGUUGUUUUUACUCUUAAGAUAAACCUUUUUGUGUGCUUUAUCAAUAAAACUGUCUUGAGAAGAA